GGGGCGGUGCGGAGCCGGGCCGCGCUGAUGGCGGAGCCGGUGGAGGAGGAGCUGGGGGCGCUGGCUGCGAUCUUCUGCGGGCCCGGCGAGUGGGAGGUGCUCAGCCGCUCAGAGGCCGACAGCGCCGUGCUCAGGAUUCUCACGGAAGCCAAGGGGCCGGCGGGGGACGCGGCCGUGCCCCUGGAGUUGGUGUUCCACCUACCGGCCGGCUACCCCUCGUGCGCGCCCGGCGUCUCCGUGGGCUCCGAGCGCCUGACCCGGGCCCAGCGCGCGGCCGUGAGGGAGCAGCUGCUGGAGCGAGCGCGGAGCCUCCCGGCGGAGCCGAUGGUGCACCAGCUGGUGCUGUGGGCGCAGCAGCACCUCGGGCGCAUCCUCGCCCAGGCGGGCCCGGAUGCUGGCCCUGGCCCGCGUCCUUCCGCCGCGAGCACGACCGGGGACGAGGGGCUGUGGAUGGCUCUGCUGCGCCUGGACCACAUGCGAGCGAGGGCCAGAUACGUGAAGGCCGUGCGGCAGUGGGCAUCCGACCUGGGGCUGACCGGGAGGCUCAUGUUCCUGGGCAGGGCCAUCCUGCUGCUCCUGCAGGGGCGCAGGGACGACAUCAAGGAGUACCUGGUGCUGCAGAAAACCUGCCGAGUGGACGUGGACGCGAGCGGGAAGAAGUGCCGGGAGAAAAUGCUCAGCGUGCUGUUCGAGAGCCAGAUGCAGCCGGAACACGCGAGGUUCCCGGUGUUCGAGGUCAGGGAGUACGCGGGCGCGGACGAGCUGCGGGGGGAGUUCGAGGCCGCCGGACUCCAGGCGCUGUUCGCGGAGGUGGUGCUCGGGCUGCUGAAGUGAAGCGCAGACGGCGCGUUUCCGGGAAACGGCGCUGUUCUUGUUUGCUGCUG